AUGUUAACGUCUGUCGCCUGUUCGUGCGUCCGAAACGGGAGAAAAGUCUCGGUUCCCGUUGCUAAGUUGUCCCUGUUGGCUUCAACGACCAGAGCCCUUAAUCGGACAGGGGUACAAGAUCUACCACGACACCGGUCACUAAGGCUCCUCACGCCGGCUCUCUGGCAGCUGCAAACGGGACUAAUCGUUAGAUCUGCUUCCCAUGGGGGUACGGACCCUCGGGGCUCCCUGUCCGCCGAGGACGACCCACCAGACGGGGAGAACUUCGGCUCCCUUUCCAGCGACAUGUCCUCCAGGAGGUUGUUCAGGAAAACCAGCCCAGGCAUCCAGGAGGAGGAGGAGGAGGAGGAGGAGGAGGAGGACACGGUGAUACCACGCAGGAGGCCCGGCGGGGGUAGAAACACGCCGUACUGGUACUUCUUACAGUGCAAGAAUCUGAUCCAACAGAACAAGCUGCAGGAGGCCUUGGAUAUGUUCAGCAAAGACAUGCUGCAGGGGGAGAGGCUGAAGCCGCAGGAGUACAACUACACGGUGCUGAUAGGAGGCUUUGGUCGAGCUGGACAACUCAAGAAGGCCUUCAGGCUCUAUAAUGAUAUGAAAAAGCGAGGCCUGGAGGCUUCAGAUGCCACCUACACUGCGCUGUUCAAUUCCUGCGCCACGUCACGAUCCAAACAAGCCGGCCUUCAGCAAGCGUUGAAGUUGGAGCAGGAACUCCGCCGCAAGAACCACCCCCUCAGCACCAUCACGUACCACGCCCUUCUCAAGACGCACGCCAUCACCAACCACCUUCAAGCCUGUGUUCACACACUCAGGGAGAUGCUGCAGAGCGGCCACGCUGUAAAUCAGGAGACGUUUCACUACCUGCUGAUGGGCUGUUUGAAGGACGAACAAACCGGAUUCAGAUUGGCUUUACAGGUUUGGCGCCAGAUGUUGAGGUCAGGGAUUAUGCCAGACUCAAAGAACUAUAACGUGCUGUUGCGAACUGCAAGGGAUUGUGGGAUUGGCGAUGCGGCCCUGGCCACUGACGUGCUGCUGAAGCUGGACCAGAAGUACGAAAGGGAACAUGCAUCACGUGUAAAGUCCGGACGCAAGACUGUAUUAGACAUUGACCUUCUGGAGAGGCAGUUGUUUAUCCAACCUGAUCCGCUCAGUGACAGACAGCAGGACAGCACAGACAGUGAGGACGAGUCCUCCAGGGGACGAGACUCGACCGCUUUGAUACCAGUCAGACAAACUGUCUCACUGCCUCUAGACUUAGCGGAUGAUUCAUCAGCCCCCAACCUACUGGACCUUUUUGAGGGUAAGAGGGGUGGUGUGGUCUCCUUCGGCACUGUGGACGGAGCGUCAGAUAGGCUCGCUCUCAUCGGAGGAGCCAAAGGUUUCCUGGAGAAGAUGGAGGCUAGCAGACUCAGUCCAGACAUCAAGACUCUGACCCUGCUGGCCGACAUGAUGGACCCGCGCCAGGAGUCUCUGCAGCUGCUGCUGAAGGUCGCCAAGCAGCAUAAAGUGAAGCUGGAUGUUGCGUUCUUUAACUCUGUGAUUCGCAGAACAGCCAGAGCUAAUGACCUGGAGGGGGCAAAGGCUGUGUUGAGUGUGAUGCAACAGCGCAGAGUAAAAGUGGAUGUGCAGACGUUUGGAUGCCUCGCUUUAGCCUGUGAGCGACAGAAGGACGGCCUGCAGCUGCUGAAAGACAUGACGGAGGCGGGAUUUAAGCCUAACGUCCAUGUAUUCUCUGCUCUGAUUGGCCGAGCAUCUCGAAGACUGGAUUACGUCUACCUUAAAACACUCCUCCAAACCAUGAGCAGCAUGGAGGUGUGGCCUAAUGAGGUCAUCAUCAGACAGCUGGAGUUCGCCUCACAAUAUCCUCCCGGCUACGACCAGUACAAGUCCAGAAACAACUAUCUGCUCCAAAUCGAUGGUUUCCGUGGUUACUACCAGCAGUGGCUGAGAAUCACGCCUGCUCAGAGCGCUGAGGACGAGCAGGCGGAGCUGCAGGCGGAGCUGCAGGCGGUGACGGACACUGCAGGGCUGAGAACAGCAGCUAAAGAGGGACCGACAGAGAGCCAAAGGAACCAGAGAGCAGCAGCGAGGACAUAUAAUUCUCGUAACAAGGACAAGAAGAGCAGUGCUGCACUGUAACAGCACAAAUAUCUCAGAUUUCUCUCGUCGAUCCUCUGUUGGUCUGUUCACAUUCACCUGUGUAACCCUGAGUGUGGACUUUGGACUUCUGUCAGUUAACUUAUUACAGAUGCAUUUUUCUCAAAAGAUCAGUGUUGUUGUAAUUUAUAUUCCAAUUAAAUAAAAUUUAUGUUUCAGUACAUGACUGUUGAGACAUUUAACUUCA